AAGCCUGGCGAUGUGAUUAUCUCGGUUGCAUCCAAGUCCGGCACGACUUGGAUGCUAUUUUGUGCUCACCAGAUACGAACUAAGGGUUCAGACGAAAUUCCUUUCGAGGACGUAAACAUCGCUACCCCUUGGAUAGGAAACAAGCAUCUUCCUGGUCAGACUUGGCAACAUUUCAAAGAGCUUUUGAACACGACUGUCUUGGAUGAUGGGAGUAUGUUGAAGGACCACUGGGACAAUAAGGCGUAUCCCUUCAGAAUUUUCAAAUCUCACUUUGGCCCAAAGGUUGAGAAUGGCUCUUUGGAUGAUGUACUCCCUGUGAAGGAUUACCCCGACGUGAAAUUCAUCGGGAUGGCAAGAAAUAGCAUGGACGUUGUUGCGAGCUUCUACACGUUUUUUGCCAAGCACAGACCCGAGUUCAAGAAGAUGUGGGGAGGAUUCCCUCCCUCUUACGAGGAUAAGAUGACCGCCCUGAAAGACUUCCUCCCUGGAGGGCUGCUGGAAUACCUCUACUUCGGCUAUGUGAAGUCAUGGUGGAAAGUACGCCAUGAGAAGAACGUGCUUCUUCUUCAUUACUCAGACAUGAAGAAAGACUUGGAUGGUGGAGUUCGCAAGCUCGCUGACUUCUUGAACGUCAAGCUGACAGACGAAGAGCAUGCUCGAGUGGUGCAGAAAUGUCAGUUCUCGUACAUGAAAAAGCACGAGGACAAGUUU